AUGAAGGCGACCCUUAGCUGCUUGGCAGAAGCCGUAAAAGAAGCUACUCGCAAUACCAGGACGAGAAAAGCGGCUUUAGAGCUGACGGAGGCAGCUGCAGACCGAGUCCGGGAGCUCCUGAGCAAGCGACACAAGGAAUAUCUAAAGCUUGGUGUGAAAACGCGUGGCUGUAGCGGCUUGAGCUACACGUUGAACUAUGCAGAUGCCAAGGGAAAAUUCGAUGAGCUAGUUGAAGACAAGGGGGUGCGCAUACUCAUCGAGCCGGCGGCUCUGAUGCACGUAUUGGGUACCAAGAUGGAUUACAUUGAGGACAAGUUAAGGCAGGAGUUUGUAUUUGUGAACCCAAACGCCAAGGGGACUUGCGGAUGUGGAGAGUCUUUCACGACGUGA